AUGUUGGAACCACUGAUAGUGCUGACAGUGUUGAAUUGCUUCUUCAUGUUCAGCUCAACGGUCACGACCUGCGCGUUAUGGUGGCAAUAUCGUAGUCAUCGGUGCUGCUUCAAGAAGGACCCGAGAGACGGUUCGUCCAGGUUGAAGAGCACCUAUGCUUCGAAAGCCUCGAAGAAGCCUGGAAGCCCGAGGCAGAGCGAGGCUGGACGCGGCUCCCCGAAGCAAACCGAGAAACCGAUCGUUCGUCGCAAAUCGAACACGACGGUGAAUCGCGAAACGAGGAACAGGAGGACGUCCAAGCUGAAGGCGAACUCUAAUUCGAGGCACCCGACGAACAUGAUUGAUUCGACCAGCGAGGAACGCGUCACCUCCAUGGAAACGAUCGGAAAGUGGGAUCCUAUGGAGGAGAGGACGAGAAUGUCGGAGGCGUCGCAGACCGCGAACGAGGGGAAAUCAGCGGUGGUGAUGGAGUACUCGACCGUGCAGAAAAUCGUGCAAAUUCUCGACGACGACACCGACAUGGCCGCCACUAAGUUGGCCAUGAGAGACUUUAAUGCCAAACAGACCGUCGAGGGGAAGAAGCCCGACGCGAAAGUCGACGAACAAAACUCCGAGGCUGUGGUUAUGCUUGCGCCGGUCUAUCAGUCCUAA